AGAUAAUGUAAACAAGCUCUAGGUAUUUGAGAUAUUCAAGUAGAUACGGAUUUAGAUUUCACUGGGAACUCCGCAACAAGUUUCACUUUCUCGUCAGUUUAAAGAAGACUUGAGAUAACUUAGCCAACCAAGGAAAUUCAAGAUGGACCUUAAUAAAUACUCAGUGUUAAAAUUUCUGCUACUGUGUCUGGCAAUCGAAUCAGAGCAGCUUAGCCAAAUCACGUCUUGUCAAAUUGAAGAAGGUUAUAUCGAAACCCACAAACGUAUGAUCCAACAGCUUAUAUCAAACGAGCAGGCAAGACUCGUUUAUGUGAACGUAACAUCAGAAUCGUACAAAAGUAUUUCUAUGGAACAAACUGAAUGGAAUAGAGUGUAUGAUUGGAUCUGGAUAACUGAGAAUUAUAGACACUAUUUAAGCUAUCCAGAUGAUAUUGAUGUUUAUACCUUUGGAGUUAUGAGAGUUGGCAUUCAUAAAUUAAGCCUUAAUAUCUCAAUGAACAACAUACUGACUUGUAAGAAAAAAAACCUUUGGAAACGAGUUUACAACUAUCUUCAACGUCUGCAAAAUGGAACUGGAGGGGGUUAUUUCUGUCACAGAAAUUUUGAAAAUCAAGACUGGAAAAGUUUUUUGUAUACAAUGUCAAGUGCAUCAAUUGGGUAUGAUUUUGAGUGUUACAACAGAGACAUUACAGAUGAGACUCUACUGAUUAGAACGUCCAUAAUCACGUAUAUAACCGUCGUCAUUAUUUUUUUUCUCUUUGCAUAUUAUCCUUUGAUAAUAUCUCUUUCCUUUCAUGGACGAAAAAUAAGUGAGCAACUGAAAUUUUUCACGAUGGCCGAUUAUCCUUAUACACCUCGAAGAUGUUUACUGCAUAUAAUUUUCAAAUCCAGUAAACUGAAGCGAAAAGGAAACAACUUAGAUCAAAGUCUUUCUAGCGGAACUCGUCUGUCAUUCCUUUUGGCUUUGGUCACCGGAUUGUCAUUCGCUAUGAAAAUGAUAUUUGUCAAGAAUUAUUCUUUGUUACCACCUAAUGCAUAUGUUUUUCCCUAUCUUUUUAACUGUGUUGGGUUGCAGUAUAAUAUGAAUAUAGUUGCUUUUAUGAUUUCUACUUGCUUUAGUUUACUUGUGCCCUUAGAUUUGAAAGGUGACCUCGCUACCAACUGGAAACAUUUCAAAAGAGUGUGGGAAAACUAUGAGAUCGCUACGGGGUUAAGGGAGAGAGAUACCCAACUCAGAUGUGCAACAUUUUUCACUUGUCUAGGGUCUGAUGGUUUACACGUUGUAGAUGGACUAAAAUUUGAUACAGAUGACGAUAAGAAAGAUAUUGAUAAGGUUAUUACAGCACUUGACACUUACUGCGUAGGUCAAACAAACGUCAUAUAUGAGCGUUACACAUUUAACUGUAGAAAUCAGGAACAGUCUGAACAUAUAGAUGCUUAUGUUGCAGAAUUGCGUACACUAGCGAAAACAUGCAAAUUCGGAGACAUAGAGGAUGAGAUGAUAAGGGAUUGUAUCGUUAUCGGAGUUCGAGAUAACCAUACCCGUAAAAAGUUGUUACAGGAGAAGAAACUGGACCUUCAGCGUUGCAUAGAUAUAUGCCGGUCGAAUGAGAAAUCUGAAUCUCAACUCAAAUCUAUUGCAGAUGUUCACCAUGUCAAGGUCAAACAGAAAGUGAAACAAGAAAAUCAUGGUAAAAAUGAGAAACGUAGAGGCAACCGCACACAAACCAUACCAACUGUUCAGUCUUGUCGUUACUGUGGGAGAACACAUCCGCGCAGUCGGCCGGAAAAGUGCCCAGCAUUUGGACAGACUUGCAACUUAUGUGGCGAGCAGAACCAUUUUGAGAGGAAAUGUCCUAAUUAA